AUUUGUUUACUCGCAUACGAUUUGCUAAUGUGCGCGGUACAUACCAUUCUGUGAGUUUGAAACAUUAAAUUUUGAUUCUACAUUAACGAAACUUCUUCAUACCUGCGACCUUCACGUGAGGUAAGAAACCCGCUUUGAUUUGGGACUUUUUUUUGCCACCACGGUGAUUGGUUGUGGAAGUCUGUCGCGCCACUGCUAGUUACUGGAUGUUAUCAUGCCAGACAUCAAGAUUACGCCUCUAGGGGCAGGCCAAGAUGUGGGUCGGAGCUGCAUUCUGCUGUCGAUGGGUGGCAAAAACAUUAUGCUGGAUUGUGGAAUGCAUAUGGGUUACAACGAUGAGCGUCGCUUCCCGGAUUUUUCCUUUAUCGUUCCGGAAGGUCCAAUAACGAACCACAUCGACUGCGUAAUAAUUUCACACUUUCAUCUGGACCACUGCGGGGCUCUACCAUUCAUGACGGAAAUGAUUGGCUAUACGGGUCCGAUCUACAUGACUCAUCCGACAAAAGCUAUCGCUCCGAUUCUGCUUGAAGACAUGCGGAAGGUUGCCGUAGAACGUAAGGGCGAAAGCAAUUUCUUCACCACGCAGAUGAUUAAAGAUUGCAUGAAGAAGGUGAUUGCCGUAACAUUGCAUCAGAGCGUUAUGGUCGAUAGUGAGCUGGAGAUAAAGGCGUACUACGCAGGGCAUGUGCUGGGAGCGGCUAUGUUUUGGAUUCGGGUUGGAUCGCAGUCGGUUGUGUACACCGGGGACUACAAUAUGACCCCGGAUCGACAUCUUGGGGCGGCGUGGAUUGAUAAGUGCAAACCGGAUUUGCUUAUUACGGAGAGCACCUAUGCGACUACGAUUCGGGACUCGAAACGAUGCCGGGAGAGAGAUUUUCUAAAGAAGGUUCACGAAUGUGUAGCCAAAGGAGGCAAGGUUCUGAUUCCGGUCUUUGCUCUGGGACGUGCUCAAGAAUUGUGCAUUCUACUCGAAACCUACUGGGAGCGCAUGAACCUAAAGUACCCGAUAUACUUUGCUGUAGGAUUGACGGAAAAGGCUAACAACUACUACAAGAUGUUCAUCACUUGGACCAACCAGAAGAUUCGCAAGACAUUCGUGCAGCGCAAUAUGUUCGAUUUCAAACACAUUAAACCUUUCGAUAAGGGGUACAUCGAUAAUCCUGGAGCAAUGGUUGUUUUUGCGACGCCCGGUAUGCUUCACGCCGGUCUGUCGUUGCAGAUUUUUAAGAAAUGGGCGCCUAAUGAAAACAACAUGGUUAUCAUGCCUGGAUAUUGCGUCCAGGGAACGGUCGGACACAAGAUUCUCGGUGGAGCGAAAAAGGUGGAGUUCGAAAAUCGGCAGGUGGUUGAAGUUAAGAUGUCGGUCGAAUACAUGAGUUUCAGUGCUCAUGCAGACGCGAAAGGCAUCAUGCAGCUGAUUCAGUAUUGUGAACCCAAGAACGUAAUGUUGGUCCAUGGGGAAGCGAUGAAGAUGGAGUUUUUGAAGGAAAAGAUAAAAGAAGAGUUCCAGAUAGAAUGUUUCACACCGGCCAACGGAGAAACGUGCGUGAUAAGUACGCCGAUCAAAAUUCCAGUCGAAGCUUCGCUGUCAAUCUUAAAGGAUGAAGCUAAAAAGUACAAUGCCGAGCCGCCAGAUCCGAAGCGUAGACGCGUCAUCCACGGGUUGUUGGUGAUGAAGGAUAACAAAAUCUCGCUGAUGAGCAUCGAUGAAAUCUUCAACGAAUGUGGAAUCAAUCGUCACGUAAUAAGAUUCAUUUCGAAAGUGAAAAUUGACGAUCCGGGACCAACCCUGCGAACAGUUGAGAAGCUAUACAACCUGCUAAACGAGCGCCUCUCGGGAUGGACCGUUUCGAUGAAUGAGAAUGGCUCAAUCAAUGUGGAAUCGGUAAAUAUAAAGAUCGAAGGCGACGAUCCGAUAACCGUGCCACCAGGAUCAGCUUCCGUUCCACCACCACCGGCAGGCAUUUCAACGAAGCACAAGAUUUGUAGCGUAUCGUGGGUUAACCAGGAUGAAGAUUUAGGGAGCUACAUCCUCGGCUUAUUGCAAAGCCUCUAAGCACAACAAUACGUACCUACCGACAAGACAUUGUUCACUUUUCUAACAAAUUUAAAUUUAAUAUGAAAGCCUAAUAAAGCUG